AUGGCCACGUGCUUCACUGCCAUAACGGAGCUGAUUCAACAGCUGUGCACAGCCGUGCAGAAUGAGGUGCUGUCCAUUGCUGUGGAGGCACCAACACUCCUUGAAAGCCUUGGCUCCAAGCACAAAGGCAGCUUGAAGCUGCAAGAUGCUCAGAGCGAUUCGCCUGCGAUCAAGGCCGCGUGCCAGAGCAUUCCCACGGACCAGUCGCCUAUGGGCCAUCCUGCGGAUCCUGCGGAGCCGGCCGACUCGGACAUCAUUGUCACUGAGGGCCCAGAGGUUCUAAUGUGGGUGGAGGAAUGUGGUGAUUCGACCGUGACACUUCGCCGGGAUGCGAGUUGA